CUCAUCAAUGCGGCGUCGUGUUUGUCAACAGGUAUUACAUCGUUAUAAUCCACGCUUCUUAUCGUCUUGCGUGUUUCUUCUUCCAUGAAGACGUAGGAUACCCUCCACUUCAAAUGCUUCUGCUUUUCAAAUUUCAACGGCUACUUUCCAUUCUAUUUUCCCCUCCAAGAACAACCCUGUAGAGAUGCCCAAUAAUUCUUGCGUUCAAGAUGGAACAUAGCCUGAUCAUCUCUCUCCUCCAAGCUUCAACUCCUAUCCACCACCUAAGGCAAAUUCACGCCCUCAUCAUCAGGGCGUGCCCUAGUCUAACUCACGUCUUCCUCAGAAUUCUACUGAAACAAUCCACCAUCCACUAUGCCCGUCAAGUGUUCGACGCAAUGCCCCAGCCAGACUCAUUGCUUUCCAAUUCUAUUUUGUCCGCACACUCCAAGUUAUCUUUGCACGGCGAAGCACUAGAAAUUUUCGUUCUUUCACACCGUAAGAAUAUCCAAGUAAAUUUUUUUUCAAUCCCAUCUGUGCUUAAAGCUUGUGCGUCAUUAGCUGUGUUGGAUGCUGGAAAACAAGUCCAUUCACUUGUUCGGAAGCUUGGAUUUUUCUCCAAUGUAUUUAUCCAGACGGCCUUAAUAGAUUUUUACGUCAAAAAUGAUGAUAUAUGUUCAGCUCAAAGGGCCUUUGACGAGAUUGUUGAUAAGGAUCCAGUUCCUUACAACUGUUUGAUAUCUGGGUAUUCUAAAUCUGGUAAUGUUGUGGCAGCACGGCAUCUAUUUGAUGAAAUGACGCAGAGGACUGCUUCCUCGUGGAAUACAAUUAUAACUUGCUAUGCACAUCAAGAGAAUUUUGAUGAAGCCUUGAGAUUAUUUGAAAGGAUGCGUGAAGAAGGAUUUCAAACGAAUGAGAUCACAAUUGUGAUAGUUUUAUCAAUAUGUGCAAAACUAGCUGACUUGGAAACAGGACUGAAGGUUAGGAAAUUGAUUGAUGAACACCAUUCAAGAACUAGUUUGAUUGUUCGGACUGCAAUUUUGGAAAUGUAUGUGAAGUGUGGAGCUGUUGAUGAGGCACGACUGGAGUUUGAUCAGAUGGAUCAUAGAGAUGUUGUUGCAUGGACUGCCAUGAUUGCUGGCUAUGCUCAAAAUGGGAGAUCAAAUGAGGCUUUAGAGCUCUUUGAGAAGAUGCAGUUUGAGUGCUUUGAUCCUAAUGAAGUUACUCUUGUAAGUGUUCUGUCUGCCUGUGCCCAAUUGGGCUCUGUGCAGGUUGGAGAGCGUAUUGGAAGCUAUGUUGAGAGCAUGAGUUUUAAUUCCAGUGUUUAUGUAAACUCUGCGCUUCUUGAUAUGUAUGCCAAAUGUGGAAAUAUCCAAAAAGCUUGUCGAGUUUUCAAUGAGAUGUCUUUGAAGGAUAUCAUAUCAUGGAACUCACUUAUAGGGGGUUUGGCCUACAAUGGGCUUGCAGAGGAUGCAAUAAAUCUCUAUUAUAAGAUGAUUGAAGAGAGCCUAAAACCAAAUGAGAUAACUUUUGUUGGCCUGCUAACUGCUUGUACUCAUGCGGGAUUGGUUGAUUUAGGACUCAAAUUCUUUCGAAGUAUGAGAUCAGACCAUAACAUUGUGCCAAAGGUUGAACAUUGUGCGUGUAUAGUUGAUCUUUUCUGUCGAUCUGGAAGGGUGGAAGAUGCUUUCAAAUUCAUCUGUGAGAUGGAGAUGGUACCCAAUGUAGUCAUUUGGGGAACAUUGCUUAGUGCAUGUAGAAUUCAUUCAAAUGUUGAGCUUGCAAAGAUCUCAAUGGAGAAGCUAUUGAAAUUGGAGCCUGAAAACUCAGCAAAUUAUGUUCUUUUCUCAUAUUUGUGUGCUGAUGCCGGCCAAUGGGAGGAAGCAAGGAGUAUGAGAAAGCUCAUGCAGAGCAAAAAUGUGCAGAAGCUAGCUGCAUAUAGUUGGAUAGAAUUGGAUGAUAGAUUACACAAGUUCUUGGUAGGUGAUAGGUUACAUUUCAGAUCUGAUGAGAUUUAUGAUGUCGUCGAUGGACUCAGUUUACAGUUAAAAUGGGUCCCAGACUUUGAUUUAGAUCAACCAUUUUGAUGUUUUUCUAAGACGAGGUAGCAUAUUUUUUCUCCUAAUCUUCUGAUGAGGAGAUUAUAAAGGAGCUAAUAAUGCUUCCAAAUGAAUACUUCUUUGUAUCCAUAUUAACAUUGAAACUAGUUCUCCAAUACAUUUUUGACAUGAUUGGAUCCCACUUGGAUGCUGGUUAAAGAAUUUGGAAGCUAAAGUGGACUUGAGAUCGAAUACUGCCUUCAUCAAAUUUGUGCUUCGGUACUCUGUUAAACCUCUUCAAUUUUUUUUUUUUUAAAUUAGUGCUAUGGUUGAAGAAUUACAACCUCAAAUGUCCUCCUAAGAAGAGGGCCCUUUCGCCGGCACUAGAACAUUCUCAAAUUUCAUCUGCAAACCAAGGAGAUAAAAAGUGCAGGGUAAGAGAAAAACUGUGAAAAUGAUUCAAUCCAAACGGCUGCAGUGUCUAAAGAUUGUUAUAUUGCAGGUUAUGCACUAAAAACUUAUAUUUGCAUGUUUGAUGCCAUGGAAUGACAAGUGGUUAUUUGGUUUGCUACAAUAUAUAGCCAAUGUAAACAGAAUGGGGAGAAUUUAGUCUUCAUUUGGGACGGCUUUCUUACUACAUAAGGCAGCUUUCAA